AAGCCCAUGGUGUAAUGAUAGUGGUUAGUUUUAAUUGGCAUGCUAUGUUUUGACAGGUUGCAUGCACUGAUGAUUUUCUCAUUGUGAGCGACUUCAUUUUCAUAAACCUGUCAGGGACAACUCCCGUUCCGGUGGUGUGCCGUGCCGAGAUUCUAGAUGGGCUGCAGUGGGCAGAGACGCCGCAAAACACGGUGGCCACUCAGACUUGCCCGGAAAACCCCUUUGCUACGGUGAGGCGGGAAUGUGUACCGGUGGCCAUCAUGACUGCAGCGUGGAGACAGCCUGACUACACUGACUGUCGGGUACCCACUCCUGGAGAAUUACUGGACAGGUUGACCCUGCUGUCCCACUUUUCGAGCGUCAGCCCUGGUGAGGUCAUCAAAGCGACCUUUCAACUUUCGCAGAUGCUAGCACCUCCUUCGGCUGAUGGCAAGGCUAGCUCAGCCGACGAGUAUUCCGCCUUCGUUGAGCUGCUGGAGAUGCUGGCAGCUCUACCGGACAAGUUCACCGAGUGUCGACAGGUGGACAUGGAUGACUUCGCUAAUUCUUUUCUACAAGCAACGGAUAAUAUCCUUCACCCCAGCAACAUCGACAUCUGGAAGGAAAAUCAAGAGGUUGCAGCUGACACUGUGCGCAUUAUGGACGCUGUGGAGAGCUUCACCGCGCAGACGGCAACGGAAACCUGCGAACUGAGUCUGGCAUUGCAGGAGGACACGGCGGCCUUCUUUGAAGGCAAAUACGACAACAUAGUUUUCAGGAAAUCGAGGGAAACGGCAAGGAGUUUUGGCGGCCUUUCUUACACGGCUUCCUCGCCCCGUGCAUCCAUCACCCUGCCGCCCGAGGUCUUCCAGGGCGUGACAGACGAACAAGUGACACUUCUGGUUGUGUUGUAUCCUACUAUCGGUGACUUGCUCGAUUCUGUACCCUCUACUAUCAAACCAAGCUCUGGAAGCACUUUGAAGGUUAUGUCGGCGAUAGUGACAUCAUCGGGAGUCCACCAAUCAGGACAGGCCUUUCAGAAGCUCUCGGUGCCGCUCUGCAUCAACUUUACGAAGAAAGUUCCGACUUUCGGGAAGGAGGAAAGCUGCGUCUACCUCAGCCGAACCGAAAGCGGUGAAAGUCAGUGGUUAACCGACGGCUGUUGGAUCAACGAACAGAGGAAUGGAUCAGUCCACUGCUGCUGCAACCACAUGACGUCAUUCGCUUUACUCAGUGCCGUUGAGACGAUCGAGCCGUACCAUCUCCUGCUACUGACCUACGUAUUAUGCUCCGCCUCUUGCUUCAUCAUCUUCCUGUCUACUCUGAUUCUGUUCUCAGUCAGGUAAGACUAUGAAGUACGCCAAAAAGAACUGAAUUGAAGUAAUGCAGAUGACAGAACAAGAGGCUGUACAAUUCCUACGUCAUUUGCAGACUCUCAAAACACAGCUAUUAACAAAGUCGUAUCUUUCCGCUUUAUAAUACAAGUAUUACCGGCAAGAUCGUUCAUCAAAGCAAGGACGGAUUAAAAAAAACAUUGGGGACAUUUUGACUUUGGAAGGGAUUACAGAA